CUGAUGGCUAGAUGGUCACCUCCUCAAGAAGCCGGUAGACUCGCAGGACUGGCUUACAGUGGUUCGCAAAUUGGCGCCAUUGGGUCAAUGUUCAUCACUCUGUUCUGCAAGCACUGGUGUGGAGGUUCUUGGCCCAGUUUAUUCUAUAUUCAAGGAAAUUUAAGCUUGCUGGUGGUAAUAAUCUGCAUAGUAUUGGUCACUGAUACUCCAUCCGUUAACACCCGAAUAUCCGUUGAAGAGAAGGAAUUCAUUACCGGAAGUCAGAGGAAUCGGGGAUUGUGUCCAGUAAAGGAUGGUGAUACGGUCCCUUGGCGUGGUAUGAUGACGUCAUUUCCUCUGUGGGCCAUUCUAGUGAGCCACACUUGUGGAGCUUUUGGGAGUUACGUAUAUCUGUCUUGUACAUCUGCCUACAUACAGCGUGUCAUCACUGAUAACACAAACAAGAACAUCUUGCAAGCCACUCCGCAUUUGGGAAUGUUCGUGGUCAUUUUGUUGACCGGACACAUUACUGAUCAUAUCCGCUCCACCGACAACCUGUCGACCACAUCUAUCAGGAAAAUAUUCAACUCUAUAGGUGAACUGAUCCCAGCACUGGUCCUCAUCAUUGCUGGAUUCCUCCCCUCCUCCCAGUCCACCAUCAAACUCACCCUCCUCAUCAUGGGGGUGUCCCUCACCGGCUGCGUCUACGCAGGUGGUUACAUCGUCAACGUCAUCGACAUCUCACCACAACAUGCUGGCAUUGCAUUCGGCAUUUCUAACACCAUCGCAUCGGCUUUUGUCCUCUUGGGCAGCGCAACCAUUGCCGAAAGUGUUGAUGUGGAAUAUCAAGGCAACUGGGAAAUCCUCUUCGUUGUCACUGCAGCAGUCUACAUCUUCGGCGGUCUCAUCUACCUCGUGUUCGGCAGCGGGAGCCUCCAGCACUGGAACACGACGUCGUGUACAACUGACCACGAUGAAACACACAGACCCGACGACAUUGCCAACUCUGCUGCAACGCCAACCACAGGAGCACAAGGAGGGGAAACAUGCGCGUCACUGCCCAUCGACUUCAUUGAUGAAGACGUGCGGACGUGACGGCUGUGCCCACGGAAUGCCGCAGCAGAUGGUGUUAACUCUUUACUUAGUCUACAAGCAUCUACAAUAGUCCUCUGUAGUGUCAAUAGCACUAGCUGUUUUCUGAGGAAAUCGACCUCCCGGAAACGAACGGACUGACUUGAUCGUGCUCUGACUGAAAACCCACUAACAUCGCUGUAUUCAUGUACGUGUUCUUGAUGACUUUACUGUGUCACAAUGUUUAGAUAGUCUGAAGUACUGACGAAAAUAAACGACAUACAUGCCUUUAUCAAUGACAAUAUCAAUAUAUAUUUAUGUUUAUUGCACAUUAAGACAGCUAAACUAUUAUGGAAGUAAAAACUUAAUUCAGUUUUACAUUAAAGAAU